CCGGAAUCGAUGGCAUUCGGCCGCUCUUCCUUAACUUUCAACAUUAUCUCGGCUAGGGUAUUGACAAAGCUGCAUUAGAGACAGCAUAAGAAGGCGCAAACAGGUCAAGUACGAUAUGCUUUACUUAUCAGCGAAUCAGGAGAUGUAGACUGCAAUUUGGGGCGUGAGUCUAUGAAUAUGUAGAGCAAGCAGAUUGUGUAUGGCCACACCAUAUUGUCAAUGCAGAUGUGGCGGCUACUCAAAUUCCUCCCCAUGCUAUCACUGCCAGCCCUGUAUAUGGGUGUACGCAACCUCACAGCUAUAGAUUUGAGCACAUGUGCAAUGAUCUUGGCUGUGGUUUGGUGGACAAUUCUAGCGAGACAUCUCUUUUCCUUCAUCGCAUACCCUCUAUCACUGGGAAAUAUCACUGCACCAGGGUAGACAAGAGAGCUGAUUGCAUUCACAAAAGUCUAAAAGCCUACAUACUAAUAUCGAUGCAAUGAAUGAGAUAACGCAGUGUGCCGAAAUAGGAGACGAGCGGGUGCCUAUGCAUGACGUAUUUUCCACAGGCCUGCACCAGCGCUACAUGUAUACGCAGUCGGAAUGCUCCAGCGGCCUCAGCACGAUCUCCUCACUCUCCCGCUACUCCCUGCCUUACAAGCUGAUGCACACGCAGCAUUUAGAGCUAGGUGACGUAAAGCAGGCGCUCUCAGUGUGCGCUUGUUUUGUCGUCACGGGCCUGGGUGCAGGGCUGCCGCUAGUCUACGGGCUUCUAGAGGACAACCUUGAGCUGCUGUUUGGAUUCCGAGAGCGCCCUCCAUGGGACUGGCAGCGGUCGCGCACUAGCAUCUUGAUUGGAGCAAUGCAGUUUGCCAGCUACUUUGCUGUUUGCCGAAUGGCCGUGUGGGCGCAAUGCCGGAUGGGCGUGCGUGUGAUGGUUGCGCUGGGCGCGCUAGCCACAGCUGCUAUGCAGAGCAAAUUCUGGCAGCUGUGUCUGGCGUAUAUGCUGGUAGGCGCAGGCACGUCAGUGAGCGCACAUGCAGCUGGUCGGCCACGGGUGGGUGCGGCAGGGGUUGGUGCAGCGGCCAUGGGUGUUUUGUGGCAGCAUUUGGCGGUGUAUACGUCGCCAGGAAGGGCACUGCGAUGGACAGCGCUGGCGUGCGCAGGCACGCAGGUGCUGAUGGUGCCAUUUCUGUUCGCACCUGUGUGGCCUGCCAGUAUCGAGGCACGGCCUAGUGACUGCGGGAAUGCACAGGCCCCCAGUGCGCUGCGAUUAUCUGUGGACUGGCGGCAGGCUGCUAGUCUUUUCGGCCUGCUCUUGCACAGCAUGAUGUAUCUGCUGCCAUUCGUGUUUCUUCCUGGCUAUGUCACCACCCAGCUCCCUGUUACACACCAUUUGUCGGCUGCGCUGCCGGUGUCUGUGAUUGGCCUGGGGAUGGCGGUCGGCGGAUGCAGCGCGCAGCCGUUGCGGACAUGGUCUGGCGUGCAGCCCAGCGUGGUGCGGUGCGGGGCGCGGCUGGGUCUGUCACUGGCGGUCUGGUGCCUGUGGCUGCCGGCGGGCAGCAGCUGGGGCAUGGUGUGCGGGUUCAGCGCCGUGUAUGGGCUGUGUCUGGGCGUGACAGGUGAUGCAUGUGUGCGGAAUACGUGGGCCAAUGUCGCGGUGGUGGCAGGCGUGGCGGUGGGGGUGCCGGUGGGCAGCUGGCUGUUUGUAGGCGUCGGCAGUGGCGUGUACUAUAUGCCACUGGUCACGUUCACUGCGGCUGGUCUGCUUUUGACGGCUGUGUGCGACGCGGUAAGCUCUGCGUGAGGCUGCUGCAGAAUACCAGCAUCCGAGUCAGGUGCUUUUCGAUAUAAUAUGUGACUCAGACAUCGCGCAGGCGCAUUUUGGAAAUAGCUGGCUCACGCUUGGGGCCGACGAAAAAAAUUUUAUUUCGAAGGACCGAUCUGGGCGUGCACCCAAACAUUUUCUGUUCCCUGUUCUUCUCUUUGUUUCCACUAAAAGCAUUGGCAGAUUUGCUCUAUUCUUAUUCCAAAAUGAGUACUCUUACAUUAGCGCAGAAAGGCUCGCCCCAC